AUGGCGAAUGUUCCAAAGAUCGGAAAGGCUGUUUAUAAAGGACCAAGCAUAGUCAAAGAGAUAAUAUAUGGAAUAACACUAGGCCUUGCUGCGGGAGGGCUCUGGAAAAUGCAUCAUUGGAACAAUCAAAGACGAACGAGGGAGUUCUAUGAUUUGCUCGAGAAGGGAGAGAUCGGUGUUGUCGCGGAAGAUGAGUAG